AACCGAGCCAGCACGGAGGUUGAAUGACGAGGCCCAUUGCUAGGGGCGCCGUUGACACACGAGUCUAUUUCUUAAAAUGGCUCCCGUCGACCAUGCGCAAUCACGCGCCUUCCAAGCCGCGUACAAGAUCUUCUACCCUCUCUACGUGCGCUUCUACGACUGGCACCUUGAAGGUCAAGAGAACAUUCCCAAGACAGGGCGCUUACUUUACGUCGGCUACCACUCGAUCCACAACCACGACCUCUUCCCAAGCGCAGCAGGCAUCUACGCGGCGACGGGCGACCUCCCCUGUGCCCUUGUGCACACCGUGGUUAUGUUCUUCUUAGGUCCCAUCCUGCGUCCAGUGGGGGGUAUCGCCGGCACGCAAGCCAAUGCGAUCGCCAUGUACAGAGCAGGACACAACUGCAUGUGCAUUCCUGGCGGCGGCGAAGAAGCCAUGCAAGGCUUUGAGUCUGCGUACACGCUCCUCUGGAAGAGCAGCUCGGGCCGCGACCGCCGCGGCUUUGCCAGACUCGCACAGCACGUUGGCGCAACGAUCGUGCCGUACGUGACGCGCAACGGCGAAGAAAUGUUCUUCAAUGUGCUCGGGUACAUGUGGAAUCUGCUGGGGCUCUCGCGCGCGUAUGCAGCGCUCACGUCGGCGACGCCGAUGCCGUGGCGCUGGUUUCUCAUCCACUUGCGCAUGUACACGUGGUUCGUGGUCUGGACCUUCUGGAGCCUGCCCGUGCCGGUCCGCGCCGGCCUCGUCUUUGGCGAGCCCAUCGUGCCGCGCGACGGCGAGUCGGAUACUGAGCUUGCCGAGCGCACCAAGGCCAGUCUCCAAGCGCUGCUCCACCGCGUCAACCCGGGCGGCGUCAGCUACUGGCGCGGGCUUCUCCAGCGCCAUCACGCGACCAAGGCCUCGAUCUACUAGAGAAGGAUUAUACUUUACG